UUGGGAUCUUGACACAUUUCAUCAGUUGUGUUGCAGCAUCAAAAAUGGAAAGAAUAAGUCAGCUCUUUAAUGUUUCAUUAUCAAAAAAGUUUGUAAUUUUCAUUCUUAUUUGUACAUGUCUUCCUUUGACUAUUUUUCAACAUGUUCAGUCAUCUAAGAUGGAGAAAACAAUUUCCGAAUCUCAAGGAAUAUCCGAUAGUUUGAAUAGAGACCUGAGAAUCAGGAGAUCACUGGAGGGAUUUAUGUAUAGAACGAUAAAUUCGGCUCCUUGCUCCAAGUCUGGAAUGUUCUUGAAUGAGAAGAGAAAAAAUGGGAGAUGGUACUGGUACUGCUAUUUAGAUGAGAGUGGAAGACUGUCGUGGAUGACAAUGAGGUGUCCCAAUAAACGUUUGUUUGAUCCUUUGAUUCAGUUAUGUGUGACCAAUUUAACUACCACUACAGAAUCAGCUAUGACAACUGAAGGAACAACAUUGAUACCAUUAGUUACUACAACAAAAACUCCUUUAUCUCCUGGACCAACAUCUCUUUCUACAACAGAAGCUACAACAACGCAAGCAUCAUCAUUGGGAAUUUCAACUGGUACUACACCUGUAGGUACAACAUCAACUUCUUUACCAGUAUUAUCUCCAUAACAGAAUCUGCAGCAGCAAAUCAUCUCUGUAAGCAACUAAUUCUUUUAGUACACUUGCAGUUAUAUUACUUUCUGGACCAAUAACAUUAACGACAUUACCUUCUUUACAAACGUUAUCUAGUAUCACAGAAUCUUCACUACAACAUCGCACCAAUAAUAAAAAGGAAGUAUCACCGAAAGUAAUAGUUGUAAAGUAACACCGAAGUAAAGUAUCGAAAGUAGUGAAGUAACAGCCCGUGUAGAAAUUGCCAUAUCUAGGCCAUAACAUGGCAUGAAACACCUUCCCAGAUCGGGCCCAAGUUUGGUCAGACUUGGACC